GAUUCCGUCGUCCUCCUCCGCCUCUCCUCCCCCCCCCCCCCCCCAACUCUAUCUGCAACUCUCUUUCUCUUAAAGAAGAAGCAACAACGACUCUUCCUCUCUCUCCCUCUCUAAAACACAGAGCGCAGCUUCUCACUCACUGAGCCAUUGCUUAAAGGCUUUCAGCAAAUAAAAAAUAAAAAACAGCAAUGCCCUUCGCUUUUGCCCAUCAGAGCAUGUGAGCUCUGACAUAUUCUUCUUCUUCCUCUUCUUCUUCUUCUUCUUCUUCUUCUCUCUCUAUCUAUCACUCUUCUUUGUUUUUAUUUCUCUGUCUCUCUUUCGCUGGAGAGUUCGGAGAAGGCAGCAAUGGCGGCGUCAUCGUCUCGGGGGCGGAGCAGCUCGCCGUUCCACUACCGGCGGCCAUCGACGAGCUCGUUCUCGUCGACGUCGUCGUCGUCUUCGCUAAUGAACGGUCGGCUGAUGCCCCGCUCGUGCUCGUCCUCCGCCUCGUCUUUCUACGGCGCGGCCAACGGGUACGGGUCCAGAUCCAUGACGCCUAGCCGGGCCAGAGCCGAUUCAAUGUACCCUGGCUCGAGAAGCUACGGAGGUCUGCCGGCAGUUGGAUAUGCGUCUGCGGAUGAGCUGAUGGGAGAGCAGAUUAUUGAAGCUCCGAGAUCGGGCGAUAGCAUUUCGGUGACAAUUCGGUUCAGGCCGUUGAGCGAGAGAGAAUUUCAACGUGGAGAUGAGAUUACUUGGUAUGCAGAUGGCGAUAAGAUUGUGCGCAACGAGUACAAUCCAGCUACUGCCUAUGCAUUUGAUAGAGUUUUUGGACCAUCUACAGCCUCCCACGAGGUCUAUGAAGUAGCUGCUCGACCUGUUGUCAAGGCUGCUAUGGAAGGUGUCAAUGGAACUGUGUUUGCAUAUGGCGUUACAAGCAGUGGGAAAACGCACACUAUGCAUGGAGAUCAAAACUCUCCAGGUAUUAUACCGUUGGCUAUAAAGGAUGUUUUCAGCAUCAUUCAAGAUACUCCAGGAAGAGAGUUCUUACUCCGCGUGUCAUAUCUUGAAAUCUACAAUGAGGUUAUAAAUGACUUGCUCGAUCCAACGGGUCAAAAUUUGCGUGUUAGAGAAGAUGUACAGGGCACUUAUGUUGAGGGUAUAAAGGAAGAAGUUGUUUUAUCCCCUGGGCAUGCACUUUCUUUUAUUGCUGCUGGAGAAGAACAUCGUCACGUUGGCUCAAAUAAUUUUAAUCUGUUGAGCAGUCGCAGCCACACCAUAUUUACACUGAUGAUUGAAAGUAGUGCCCAUGGUGAUGAAUAUGAUGGAGUAAUCUUUUCCCAACUUAAUCUUAUUGAUCUUGCUGGAUCUGAGAGCUCAAAAACUGAAACAACUGGAUUGAGGAGAAAGGAAGGAUCUUACAUAAACAAGAGCCUCCUAACUCUUGGAACUGUAAUUGGAAAACUCAGCGAGGGGAGGGCAUCCCAUGUUCCAUAUCGAGAUUCUAAGCUUACUCGCCUCCUGCAGUCUUCACUGAGUGGCCACGGACAUGUUUCUCUCAUUUGCACAGUUACCCCUGCAUCAAGUAAUAUGGAGGAAACUCAUAAUACUCUUAAGUUUGCAAGCCGGGCAAAAAGAGUGGAAAUAUAUGCUUCACGUAAUAAGAUUAUUGAUGAAAAAUCUUUGAUUAAGAAGUAUCAAAGAGAAAUCUCAGUUCUUAAACAUGAACUUGAUCAGAUGAGGAAGGGGGUGCUUGUUGGUGUUAGUCAUGAAGAAAUUUUGACCUUGCGGCAAAAGUUGGAAGAAGGUCAAGUGAAAAUGCAAUCGAGAUUAGAGGAAGAAGAGGAGGCCAAGGCUGCUCUCAUGAGUAGAAUCCAGAGGCUAACAAAGCUCAUACUUGUUUCUUCAAAAAAUACGAUUCCUGGAUGUUUAAGUGACAUGCCCAGUCAUCAACGGAGUCAUUCUGUUGGUGAGGAUGAUAAAUUGGAUGUGCUGCGUGAGGGUUCUUUGGUUGGAGAAAGUGAGAAUCAAAAAGACUCUCCAUCUUCUGUUUCCAUGGUUCCUUCAGAUCCAUCUUAUGAUUUUAGACACAGAAGAUCUUCAAGUAAGCGGGCUGAAGAACUAUCAACAGCCAGUAGUACGAUUACUGAAGCAACUCAAGUGGGUGAAAUUAUCCGUGGUUCAAAACUCCCAUCAGGUGGGAUAACAAUGUCAGAUCAGAUGGACCUUCUUGUUGAGCAAGUGAAGAUGCUCGCUGGGGAGAUUGCAUUUGGUACCAGUACCCUGAAACGCUUGGCUGAGCAGUCUGUGAAUGAUCCUGAUGGAUCGAAAACUCAAAUCCAAAACUUGGAGCGUGAAAUCCAAGAAAAGAGGAGGCAAAUGAGGGCCUUAGAACAACGCAUUGUUGAGAGCGGUGAGGCGUCAAUUGCUAGUGCUUCACUGGUUGAGAUGCAGCAGACAGUAAUGAGAUUGAUGACCCAGUGUAAUGAAAAAGGUUUUGAGCUGGAGAUUAAGUCUGCAGAUAACCGUAUUCUCCAGGAACAACUGCAGAAUAAGUGUUCUGAGAAUGAGGAAUUGCAAGAGAAAGUAGAGCAUCUGCAGCAGCAGCUCGCAUUGGUAAUCAGUGAUAAAUCAUCAACUUUGGAGCAGUGUGCAUCUGAUGAAUAUGUAGAUGGAUUGAAAAAGAAAAUCCAGUCUCAGGAGAUUGAGAAUGAGAAGCUAAAGCUAGAACAUGUUCAGCUUUCGGAAGAAAAUAGUGGAUUACGUGUACAGAAUCAAAAACUGGCUGAAGAAGCUUCUUAUGCGAAGGAAUUGGCCUCUGCUGCUGCUGUUGAGCUGAAGAACUUGGCUGGUGAAGUCACCAAGAUCUCGUUACAGAAUGCAAAACUAGAAAAAGAAUUGUCAGCAGCUCGAGAGUUGGUCCAUUCUAGAGGUGCUGGUAUUCAAAAUAGUAAUGGUGGUAAUCGUAAACUCAGUGAUGGCAUAAAACCUGGGAGAAGGGGCCGACUCUCUGGCCGAGCUAAUGAAAGUUCAGGAGCAGCGUAUGAUGAUUUUGAUUCAUGGAAUCUUGAUCCAGAAGAUUUAAAGAUGGAAUUACAGGCAAGAAAACAACGGGAGACGGCUCUUGAGGUUGCCUUAGCUGAAAAAGAAUUUGUAGAAGAUGAAUGCAGCAAAAAGAUUGAAGAGGCAAAGAAGAGGGAGGCAGCUUUAGAAAAUGAUUUGGCAAACAUGUGGGUGCUGGUUGCUCAGUUGAAGAAAGAGGGGGGAGCCAUGCCCGAGAUAAAAACAGAGAGGCAUGGUGAUGGGAUAGAUCAUUCGAGUGACCCAAAAACAAAUGACAUUGACAACAAGGAUACUGUCCUUAAAGAGAGACAACCAGCGGAUGUUACUAAACCAGUUCAUGACAUUCCCAAGGAAGAACCUUUGGUGGUUCGCCUGAAGGCUCGAAUGCAAGAGAUGAAGGAGAAAGAGCUGAAGCACCCUGGGAAUGGAGAUGCAAAUUCCCAUGUUUGUAAAGUGUGUUUUGAAUCACCAACUGCGGCAAUGCUUCUCCCUUGCCGGCAUUUUUGUUUGUGUAAACCCUGUUCGCUUGCCUGUUCCGAGUGUCCAAUUUGUCGUACAAAGAUUGCUGAUAGGAUUUUUGCCUUCACUUCAUGACACUUCAUUCUAUGGAUCCCCUGAAUGAAGGGAUUCGUGAACAUCCAGCUGUCUUAGAAAAUCCCACCUGUUGUAGCGGGGCAAUUCUUUCAUUUGUAUGUAACCGUUUAUAGAAGAGAUAUCAAUAUUUUCAGCUGUACGCGUCUCUCCCCACGAGGCUGUAAAAUAAAAGAGAACGAACACAAGGGAAAUAUUCCACCCCACCCCAUAAACAGAAGAUACGAACAGUAUAUCCGAAGUUCUUUACAUGCCGGAUGGUUCUUUGUUAUUUUGUUCCUUUGAAAAUGCAGCCGCGUGCAGAAUGUUGUGAUAUAUUCUUUCACCCUCCAUAGCCUUGUAUAGAAACAAAACCACUGUAAGCUUCCCUAAGAAGCAUCCUUUGCCCCCCCCCCCCCCCCCCUCUUCCUUGCCCAAACACAAACAUGUUUAUUUUAUUUUAAUUAUUAUUUAAUUGUUUAUAGUUGGACUUA